GAGCCCGAGGUCGCGCCCAGCGAAUCCAUCACCGACGCCGCAAAGUCCAACCUCUCGCUCUCGAUUCCCGAAGACGUUGAUUUCGACCUGCUCAGCAACUUGCUCCCCGACGUGUCCCUCGCCUCGCCCAGCUCCGACGAGAUCAUCUCACUCUAUCGUCUCGUCGUCGUCCAGGCUACGGACAUCGACGCCACUCAGCGCGACUUGGAGGAGGCGCGCUCGGAGCUUCAGAAGAAAGACGUCGAGCUCGACCAGGUCUUGCAGGACAAGGAGUCGUCGUCGAAAGAGGUCGAGUCUGAACUAGAGACGCUGCAAAAGGAGCUGAAAUACCUUAAGCAGGAGCGCGACCAACUGCUGACCUCGCAAACAUCCCUCCAAGCGCAAAUCACGACGCUCUCCAGCUCUCAAUCCUCGUCCUCCACUGAAGUCGAGUCAUUGAAGCGCAAAGUCGAGGACACCGAACGGGAGAAGCGUGACCUGGUCGGCAUCGUCAGCCGGUUGAAAGAGGAUAGCAGUCAACGCGAUGAGGAAAUCCAAACGCUGCGCACGAACCUCAAACAGGCCCGCCACGACUACCAAGCUCUCGAGAGCGAACUCCGGGAAGUCCGCUCGACAGAGACAUCCUCCAAAUUCAAGGUCGACGCCCUCACGCAGCAGCUCCAGCUCGCCAAAGACGAGGCCGAGCGUGCGACCACGGAGCUCACGACCAAGUCCGAAGACUUCGCGAAGCACCGCCAGACAAAGCACUCCGAGCUCGCACAGCUGCAGUCCGCGCACGACGCGCUCGCACAGACGCAUGCUUCGACCGAGGGCACGCUCAAGGCGCUGCAGUCCGCGCACGCAUCGCAGUCAAAGCAGCUCGCCCAGCAGCUCGCGCGCGUACAGGAGCUCACGGGGCGCCUCGCGGAGCAGGAGGGCGCGUUCGCGAGCGAGGCCGCGGGUCUGCGGCGGCUCGUGCAGGUCAUGGAGGAGCGCGAGGCGCAGGCCAAGGCGAUUGUGGAGGGCAUCGAGGCGGAGUGGGCGGACGUCGGUGCGCGUGCGGAGCGGCGCGAGGCUGUGCUGCGGGAGGAGAUCGCGCAGGAGCGGCGGCGCGCGGAGGACGCGGAGGUGCGGAUCGAGGAGAUGGAGCGCGUGCUGGAGAAGGUGAAUCGCGGGGAGUUCCCGGUACCGGUGGCGGGGAGCAUGACGCCCGCGACGCCUGCGCGCGCGGGGGCAGGCGCGGCUCCUGAUUUGCUGACGCAGGGCAUGAUGGGGCUUAGCCCGACAGUCGCGAUGGCGAGCCGGUCGCAGCGGUCCGGCAAGACGUUUACGGAGGUGUAUGCGGAGUACGUGCGCCUCCAGGAGGAACACGCGCACAAGACGGCCGAGUACGACCACAUGGAGCGUACCCUUGGUGCGGUGCUCGCCCAGAUCGAAGAACGGGCGCCGAUUUUGGCACAGCAGCGCGAAGAGUACGAGCGCGUGCAGUCGGAAGCCGCGCAGCUCGCGUCCCAGCUCGCGGCGGCACUGCGCGAUCGCGAGGCGGCGUCCACGAACGCGCAAGAGACGGCGCAGAAGCUCGCGCAGAGCGGGCGCGAGAACGACCUGCUGCAGAAGCAGCUCAACGACCUCGCACGCCAGGUGCAGGCGCUGCUGAAGGAAGUCGGGCGGAAGCACGAUGCGUCCCUCCCAUCGGAUGACGAGCUCGAGCAGGACGACACGGCGCGCCCCGCGGAGAACAUCGAAGACGUGAUCACGAACCACCUCGUGCUCUUCCGCUCGAUCCCAGCGCUGCAGGCGCAGAACCAGAAGCUGCUGCGCAUCGUGCGCGAGCUGGGCGCGAAGAUGGAGGCGGAGGAGCGCGAGUACAAGGACACGCUUGAGCGGGAGCAGAACGAGGCCGUGCGGGAGGCGCACGAUGCGAUUCGGGAGCUGCAAGGGCGGCUGGAGAGCCAGCGGAAGAGCCACGAGGUGACAGUGCAGGCGUACGUGAAGGAGCGCGACGCUUUGAAGAGCAUGCUCGCGCGCACAGGAGGCGGCGCCAUUGCGGAACCGUACGUUAAUGGGACUGGGAGCGGGGGCGUGAACGGGGCGGCGGCGGAGAGGGUCGCAUCGGAAUCGCGGGAGGGCGUGCCCGAGUCAGAGCUGGCGAGGGAGCUGGCGGAGAUCCAGAGCCAGUUUGACACGUAUAAGAUGGAGAUGGGGGUCGACAGCGUGCGGGUGCGGGACGAGCUCGUGAAGUUGCAGAGGGAGAACGGGCAGCUCGGGGCGUUGCUCGCCAAGGCGAACGCGAAGAUCGAGUACACGGCGGAGCGCCACAAGAUGGCGCUGGAGCAGUACGCGAACCAGGCGGAGGAUUUGCGGGAUAUGAGUGUCCGGCUGCAGGAGCUGCGCGAUAAGUACGCGCGAGCGGAUAUCGAGUGCAAUCGCGCGAUCGCGGACGUGAUCAGUGCGAACGGGAAGAUAGAGCAGCUUGUCAACGAGCGCGCGAAUUUGCGCGCGGAGAAGCGGAUCUGGGAGGGCGUGCAGAACCGCUUACUGGAAGAGAACAAAGCGCUUUCGAUUGAGCGGUCGCAUCUGUCGGAUCUAAUGGGCAAUGUGCAGAAGAUGCAUACGGAUCUUGAGCGCUCGGGCGAGAAUGAUAGAAGGCGGCUGGAGAGUCAGAUCCAGAUGUUGGAGAAUCAGACCCAGGACCUUAGGAGCCAACUUAGCCAGGAACGCGAUAGCGUUAGGCAUCUGACGCUGAAGAAGGAGAUCGAGGUUAAGGAGCUGCAGGCGCGCGUCGACAAGCAGGCGCAGGACCUAUCGCAUACCCGCGAGUCGCUGAUCGGCGCUCAAAUGAGCAAAACCCAUCUCGAGGAACGCGUCGCGGAGCUUUCACGCCAGCUCCAGGGCAACGAAGAGAAGCUGGCCGUGUACGAGCGGCGUGGGUCUACUAGCGCUCUGGCGAACGGUGACGCACAGCCAGGGGUCUCUGGCGCCGAUCAUCUGAGCAAGGAGCAGCAACUUGAGGCUGAGGUGGCAGAACUUCGCGCUGCGUUGAAAGUUACUGAGCUCGACCUGACGAAUGCGCGAGGCCAUGUGCAGCAGUUCCAAGAGAUCAGCCAGGCGAACGAAGCGGCGCUAGCGAGCUUGAAUGCGACCUACGACGACUACAAGUCGUCCACGGAAUCGCAGCUCGCGAAGCACGAGUCCGACUACAACGCUCUGUCGGAGAACUUGCGCGUCGUCCAGCAGGAGCUGACGGCGUCUCGGGAGGCGAUGGCGGAAACGAAACGCACGUUUGACGAGGAGCGAGAGUCAUGGGCGAACGACAAGCGGACGCUUGAGGAUACCCUCGUCGAGUUGACCACGUCGGAGAAGCAUAUCGCGGAAGAUCGGACGUCGCACGAUGCGGAGAUUCGGCAGCAGGAAGAGCGAGCCAAGUCUGCCGAGGCUAAGUACAAGAACGAAGUCAUCGCUCAUGGCGAGUCGCUUCGGGACCUCGAAAGCUUGAAGGAGCAGUUGUCGAAGCUGCAGGCCGAGGCGAGGACGCACCUGGCCGCCGCGGAGACUGCCCAAGCCAAGUUGGUGUCGUCCGAAUCUAGCUGGGGCCAGCAGAGAGAGGCCCUCGACAAGGAGAUCGCUGAUUUGACAGCUAGGCAAGAGUUAACGGAGCAGAACAAGGUACUCCACCAACACUUGGACUCGGUCAGUUCGCAGGCUGCCCGCAUCCGUCAAGCUGCCGAUGCAAGUUCUGCGCCGUCUGGGGACGCCGAGCCCGCCGGCGACGUAGACGAGAAGCUUUCUGAUUUGCGCCGGGUGAUCGCAUACUUGCGCAGAGAGAAGGAAAUUGUCGAUAUGCAGCUCGAGCUGAGCAAGCAGGAGAAUGCUCGCUUGAAGCUCCAGGUAACCCGCCUCAGCCAGGACCUCGAAGACACCAGGGCCACGCUUUCUGAGGAACGUGAACGUGCCGUCGCCGCGGUUGCGACCGAUGCACAGCACGCGGAACUGGUGGAGAAGAUCAAUCAACUGACCAUCCUCCGGGAGAGCAACGCGACGUUGCGCGCGGAUGCCGAAUCUCAAGGGAAGCGCGCCCGGGCUCUGGACGCCAAGCUCACGGCCUUGUCCGCUGAGAUCGAGCCCUUGCGGGAGCAGGUUCGCAUGACGCAGGCUGAGCUGGAGGGACGCCAGGGCCACAUUCAGCGCCUGGAGGAAGAGAACAAAAUGUGGCAGCAGCGUAGCUCUCAGCUGCUUAGCAAGUAUGAUCGCAUCGACCCUGCAGAGGUGCAGGCCCUCAAGGACGAGAUAGAGCGUCUGAAAUCCGAGAAGGCCGAAUUCGAUGUUGCGUUGUCUACUCGAGACCAGCAGCUGCAGGAGCGUCAAACAUAUCUGACCAAGGACCUCCAAGCCCUACAAACGCAACUGAAAGCUCUCGGUGCCGAGCGCGACGCGAUCAAGGCUACGCCGGCCACCGACUCUUCUCAGCAUAUUGUUCAAGAGCUGGAAAAGAUCCGAAAGGAGAAAGCAUCUCUUACGCAGGAGCGGGAUCGCUUGCUUGCCGAAAAGGCGACUUGGGCGACAGCCACCCCAGCGGCGUCGGUUGAAACAUCAUCCAAGGAGUGGGCGGCCGAAAAGGCUGAGCUCGUCAAAACUCGUGACGAAGCUUCUACACAAGCGAAGAAGCUCAAGGAGGAAGCGCGCAACUUGAGCUUGGCCAAUAAAAAAUUUCAGCAGAGGCUCCAGGAGAACCAAGCAGCCCGUCAACGGGCUACCGCCGAGCACGAGGCCGCUAUCAAGGCCGCAGUCGAUAAGGCCACGAGCGAAUUGCAAGCCGCCGCCUCAUCCUCAUCGUCUGAUGAGCUUAUCAAAAAGCAUACGGAGGAGCUCCAGGCACUAGAGCAACGCCUCCGCACGAAGCACCAGGGUGAAUUGAAGGCUGCCGUCGAUGCUGCGGUUGCUAAAGCCAAAGAGCAAUCCUCAACAACGCCAGCCACUGGAGAAAAGGCCGGAGCGGUCAAUGCGAAGCACCAGGAGGAGAUUGCGAAGGCAAUGGAGUCUGGGAGGCUGGAAGGGCAGUUGAAGAUGAAGAUGAAGGACAGUCAGCUGGUGCGAGCGCAGUCGCGCGUCAAGGCGCUAGAGGCGCAGAUUGAGCAGUGGAAGAAAAGCGGUCUCAUCCCGGAGACAAUGACCACAUCUCCUACUGCGCCGACAACCCAGGCAUCUGCAUCCGCCCCUGCAUCUGCCUCUGCACCUGUGGCACCCGCCCCGGCUACCAAUACGGCGGCAUCGGCUGGGCGAGGCGCGCCUCGAGCCAGUGCGGCUGCUGCCCUUCCCCGCAAGCCAUCACUCGCCUCCGCCGCACCUCUAGCCUCAGGGGCGCCUGGCAGAGGUCGCGGUCAGGGCGCUGGUCGUGGACUCAACAUUCGCGGGAGCGCCGCUGCAGCUUCCUCCGAGGCAGGUCCCUCCAAUCAAGGCGGUGUGUCUAUCAUAGGUGCUGCGGGGAAGCGCGCGCGAGAGGAAACCGGAGCGCCUGCGAGCGACUCGCUCGCGAAACGGCUGAAGCCCACUGACGGAAGUGCUCCCGGGACCGGCGGUAAACCAGUGACG